UUCAAAGAAUCAUUUUGAAUGAAUGAUUGAUCGAUCGAUCGAUCAACAUCAUCUGUUUUUCAUUGGAUUUUUCUCUUCUCUUUGUUGUUGUUGUUGUUGUGGAUCAUCAAAAAAAUCAUAUUACAUUUUUGGUUGGGUGUCAUGUUCUUGUCAUUGUAAAAAAAAAUCACAAUAAAUUCUGUAACCCGAAAAAAAAACCCGAGAAGAAACGAUAAAACCCCGAGAAUGGAACGACAAUUUAAUGAAAAUCCAAAUGAUGUUACAAUAAUGACUGAAUCUUUACCUCAGGCUAUUCAUAGGCCAUCAGGCCAUGAUAAUAAUAAUAAUGGUGUGACGGGCGAUUGUAUCGAUAAUAAUAAAAAAUUAAAUCAAAGACAACCGAAUCAACAAUCAUAUUUAAUAAUGUCAAAUACAAUGCGUUCAUAUAUAGAAUCAUUACCAAAAAAAUUAACCAUAACAGAAGAAUUAAUGGAAUAUCGUUAUUGGAAAUCAUUACGUACAGAAUUUAUAUCAACAUUUUUAUUUGUGAUUUUUACCUGUGGUAUAUUGACUAUUACAACAACAACAACAAAUCAAACAACAACAACAACAACAACAAUGUCAAAUGAACAACAACAACAACAAAAACUACAACAAACCGAUAGUAUUGAAUUAUUGAAAAAUUCAUUGGCAAUUGGUUUCACCGUUGCAACAUUGAUACAAUGUACUGGACAUGUUUGUGGUUGUCAUUUAACAAUUGCUAUUACAAUUGGUCUUUAUGUUACUGAACGAGUAACAAUAUUACGUUUAAUAUCAUAUUUAUUUGUACAAAUUUUUGCAUCAAUAUUUGGUAUGAUGGUUGUUUAUAAUUUAUUCGGUACAGUUAUACCGAUAAUGCCUUCCACAACAACUACGUUAACAACGGUACAGAUAUUUGGUUUUGAAUUUUUAUCAACAUUUUUGAUUGUCCUAACCUAUCUGGCUAAUUGUGAUCCAAAUCGUCGUUUACAAUUAACUAAUAAUAAUACUGUUAAUAAUGAUAAUUAUAAUUGUAUAAUUGAUUCAUCAAAAUCAUUAACAAUUGGAUUUGCCUAUACAGUUGGACAUUUAUUUGCGUUUGUUGCAACUGGUGCAUCAAUGAAUCCAGCUAAAGCAUUGGCCAUAUCGAUUAUAACUGAAAAUUAUUGUUUACAUUGGAUUUAUUGGAUAUCACCAUUACUUGCUGGUCUAUUUGGUGGAUUAAUUUAUGAUUAUAUUGGAUCGAUCAAAACAACAACGACGACGAAAACAACAACAACUAAAACAAUGACAACACCAUUAAAUUGUCCAUCACCUUCACCAUCAUCAUCAUCGUCGACAUCAUCAUCCAUACAUCAAAUUAUACCAUCACCAAUUCUUUUAUCAUCAUCCGCAUCAUCAUCAUCAUCAAAUUGUUCUGGAACUGAUCAAACAACAACAACAAAACCAGUAGCUACAUCAUCAACAACGAUGAUGAUGAUGAUGGCUGGUUCUGCAGUUUCUUUGUCCAAAAUUUGGGUUAAUAGAAUCAAUGAAUGA